AUGUAAUAGGAGUUGGCUUAACCAAUAUUGUUUAUCGAUAUUGAUGAGGAUGGGAAAUUUCUGAUGUCUAAGAAGGCUGUUCAAUUCAUCUAAGCUAUUGAAACUAAUAUCGCCAUAAUUUCAAUUGUGGGUUAAUAUAGGACAGGAAAGUCUUAUUUACUAAAUAGAUUUGCUGGAUAGUAAACUGGGUUCACUUUAGGAUCAAGCACCAAUCCUUGCACGAAAGGAAUCUGGAUUUGGGGCAAAAGAGUCGAAUCAGACAAUCUUACAAUUCUUCUUCUAGAUACAGAAGGAUUGAGUAAUAUUUUUACAGUAAAUUACAGAUUCCUAUGAAAGAGACUAAAAUAAUGAUGCUAGGUUGCUUGUUCUCGCUUGCUUGAUUAGUUCUAAUUUGCUUUACAAUGUAAUGUAAGUCAUCGAUGAGAAAUCUCUGGAAACACUUUCCUUCACCACUAAUAUUAGUAAGCAUCUAUUGGGAGAUGAUGAAUUUAUUACUCAAUAUCUCCCUUCACUCACUUGGGUAAUUAGAGAUUUUGGCCUUGAUUUGUAAGGAUCGACUCCAAACACUUACUUGGAGGAAUGUCUUGAUGAAUAACAGGGUUUUGCUGAUGAAUUUAAGCAAAGGAAUUAAAUAAGAUAGGCUAUAACCAAAUAUUUCAAACGAAGAAAUUGCUACACUUUAGUUAGACCGGUGGCAGAUGAAAGGCAAUUAAGAGAGCUAGAUAAAGUGGCUUACUCUGAAUUAAGAUACGAGUUUAAAAUCUAAUUAAACUAACUUAUCCAGAAUACUUUGCUGGAUAUUCAACCAAAAAUGUACAAGAAUACUCCUCUGAAUGGAAAAAGACUAAUUGAAUUAGUCACCCAAUAUGUUACUACAAUAAAUAAUGGGAGUGUGCCCAAUAUUGAGAAUGUUUGGGAUAGGAUUCUAUCAAAGGAGUUCAAUAAAAUGAUGGAAAAAGCAAAAGAGAUUUUAUCAUCUGAUAUCUCACUUCCUACGACUUAUGAAUUACUAUUUUCUAAUUUGCAUUAGGUUAGUACAAAAGCACAAGAGUCAAUUUUGCAUUAUCACAUAGCUCCUGAUAGGUAGAUUGAAGGAAUUGUCUAAUUGAGUAAAUCAAUAACUGAGAAGUCUCAAGUAUUAUUCUAAGAAAACUACAUCAAAUCCAAGAGAACAAACUAAGUGAUUUCAAAGUAUUUUAUUUGUUAUACCAUAGUAAAAUGUAUGACAUCUUAAAUUAGCUUUCUGAAUAGGGGAAAUUGGUUAAUGUGUAGCACAUCAUUGCCUAAGUUAACAAUAUCAAAAAAGUAAUGAAAAAUAAAAUUAUGAAUUUAGAUUUACUUUUAAGAAGCAAAACCACCUUCGAAUUACGAAUGCUAUGUCCAAUUUCUGGAGUUGGUUAUGCAAAUUAUUGAAAAAGUGGCUAAUACUAUGCAAAUGAAUUUUUAGAGAAAAGAAGAAGAUUAUAAACAGGAAGUUAAUGUUUUGAAAAGCCAAAUCAAUACUUUAUAAGAGAUACUAAAAAACGAGAAAGAGAAUUUACAUAAACAAUUGGAUUAAGUUAAAAUAACUUUACAAGAGGAAAGGAUUAUGUACGAAAAGAAACUAUUAGAAUUGGAUAACUCUGGUGGAAUUGAAUUUAGAAAAGGGGAAUUGUUUGAAAAUCCUGAUUUAUUUAUGAAAAAGGAAUUAAAGAAUCAGUAAUUAUAAUCUUAGCAGACUUUUAAUUUAACUUUAAAGGAUAUUAAUUAAAAAUUCAUGGAUUUAAAGGAAAAAUUAGAUGAUAUUUAUGAAGCAAGAGUAGAGAUAGAAAGAGAUAAAAUAUAUAAUAAGGCUAUGUAUGAUUGCAAAGAAUAAAAUUAAGCCUAAAUUGACAGAAUUAAAUUGACUUAUGAAGGUGAAGUCAAGAUUUUGAAAGAAGAUCGAUAAAGAUUAUAAGAAUAAAGAGAGCUUUUAUAAAUUUAAUUAACACAAAAAGAUUGUGAAUUCUAAAUCUUAAAAGAGAGACUAAAAUAAAUUGAAAAACAAAAGACAAAAGAUAUUGAACAUGCAGACAUGCUAUGUAAAAUAAGUGAUUAGCUAGUUAAAGCAUUAAAAAAAUUAGAGAAAAAAAAACUAUGA